AUGGCUCUAUUGGCGACACGCUUGAAAGCUCUCUACUUCUCACUAGCCUUCUCGUUCGGCGCCAUUUUGAUCUGGACUCUCUACACCGACGGCAACCCCGCACGGUUGGAGAUCUAUAAGCCAUGGUUGCGCGCCGCAGUAGCUGCGUUAGAGAUCAACUGUUUCACUUUUUCGCUUUGGAUAAUCUACAAGGAGUCCAGCUAUGCAGUUUCAGCAAUUUGGAUAUUUAUUUUGUUCUGGACUGCCGGGAUGGGGAUUUCCAUCUACAUCUUUAUUCAGCUUCUCAAGUUGUCACCUGAAGAAUGUGCAGAAGACCCUAUCUACCAUGUGCUAUUGCGGCAUGAACACAAGAGGUGUGAGGAACAGAAGGCGACCGGGAAGAGGUGUGGUCUAGUGGUUGCUGCAACAAGAAUUGCUUACCCCAUUUUGGGUUGUUUGCUGAUAGCAACUAUAGUUUACGCUGCGAUGACCGAUGGUUCUCCUCUUCGCAAACAGAUCUACCAGGCCCUGUGGCUUAAGACAACAAUGGUCGACAUCUAUGUUAACAUUGUGGCUCUCUUGGUGUGGGUUGUGUACAAGGAAACAAGUUGGUUGAGUGCUUCCCUAUGGAUACUUGUAUUUGUAUGUUUUAGCAGUUUUGCAACUUGUGCUUACAUGAUAAAAGAGUUGUAUCACCUCAGUUCUCAAGGACCAAUGUACCUAGUCUUGUUGAGGCAAAACAACAACAGGCCUCACAGUGCCAGCAGGCUUCCUCUCCUCGGUUAA